ACGGGCUAAAGUAUUGUGCAGAAACAAAUCUGAUAAACCCACAAUUUCUGGAAGAAAUUGAACUCAACCUUCUGAAAACCCCUAGUCCGGAAGUUGAGCCCCCCUGAUCCGCGCGUGUACGUGGUUCCGUGAUUUACCGUGGCGCUGAGCGAACAAUCCAUCAAAACGCAGUCCCGAGUGCAUCCGAGUCCGGGGGAGAGUGCCCGCACGCUGGUGUGGGCCCUUCCCCUAACGGCGUCAUGCAACAUGGAAAACGGCAACUUUCACGGCAAUUUUAUGGAAAACGACGACGACGGACAUCCGCAUCCGGCGCAUCCGGCCGAAGAUGUGACUCCGACGCAGGAUAGUAAUUUGUUGGAUAGUACGGAGAUACUGAUCCAGAGCAGCAUGGAUGAUAUCUUUGAUGUGAUUAAGGCGGGGGAGCUUUCGGAGGUGGAGAACUUGGUGGAAAAGGUCGGUCCGGAGGCGUUGAGUGCUCGUGACAAGCAUGGGUACACUCCGGCUCAUUGGGCGGCCUUGGAUGGUAACGUGGAGAUGAUGCGAUAUCUGGUUGAACGUAAUGCGCCUGUGGAUUUGCCAUGCUUGGGAACGCAAGGUCCGCGGCCGAUUCAUUGGGCUUGUCGUAAGGGUCAUGCUGCGGUGGUGCAGGUUCUGCUUCAGGCUGGAGUGGCUGUAAAUGCGGCGGAUUUUAAGGGAUUGACGCCGCUAAUGACCGCUUGCAUGUAUGGACGGACUGCUACAGCGGCUUAUCUGUUGGGAAUGGGAGCUCAGAAUCAUCUGACGGAUAUCAACGGGGACACUGCUUUGCAUUGGGCAGCUUACAAGGGUCACGCCGACCUGAUCCGUCUGCUGUUGUACUCUGGAGUUGAUUUGCAAAAGACGGACAACUUUGGAUCAACACCGCUGCAUCUAGCUUGUCUUUCGGGUAACUUGCAGUGCGUUAAAAUUUUGUGUGAAAAGCGAAACUUGGAGCUGGAACCGAGGGAUAAAAACGGCAAGACUCCGUUGAUGUUGGCCCAGAGUCACCGGAACAACGACGUGGUUAAGCUGCUGCAUAACGAGAUCAAGAAGAAGUCUCGCUGGAUGCCACCGAUCUCGGAGCUCUGGAGUCUGCUUUUCGGUGGAGCUGGAGCUUCAAAGGGACCGUUGAUCUUGUUCUUGUUUUCCGUAUUACUGUGGGGCUAUCCGAUGUACAUGAUCCGGUGCAUCCCAAUAACUUGGAACGUACUGCGACGUUCGCACUACUGCUUCAUCUACUGGAAUGCAGUCAUGUGGAUCAGCUGGAUCAUUGCGAAUCGUCGUGAUCCGGGUUACAUCCCACUAAACUCCGAUACGUAUUACCGCGCCAUCAAGCAGAUUCCGUACUUUGACAAGUGGAAGAAGCGCAACGUGAUCCUGUCGAGACUUUGCCACAGCUGUCGAUGCCUGCGUCCGUUGCGUGCCAAGCACUGCCGAAUCUGUAACCGCUGUGUAUCUUACUUCGAUCAUCACUGUCCGUUCAUAUACAACUGCGUUGGACUACGAAACCGGAUGUGGUUCCUUCUAUUUGUGUUGAGCGUGGCGAUAAACUGUUCAUUUACCAUCUACUUUGCCUGCUAUUGCGUUAUGAUCGAGGGAUUCAGUCUACUUUACGUACUCGGUUUAGUCGAAGCAUUCGUUUUCUGCGGUUUGGGAUGGAUCUUGACAUGUACAUCGAUCCUCCACGCCUGCAUGAACCUGACCACGAACGAGAUGUUCAACUACAAGCGCUACCCGUACCUGCGGGACAAACGCGGCCGCUACCAGAACCCCUUCUCCCGGGGUCCCAUCCUGAACCUGUUCGAGUUCUUCGUGUGUCUGCCGGACCGCCAGGACGAGCUGCAGGACUUUAUGCAGGACGAGAACCUUUGAUCCCACAACGGCAGCGUGAAGCGGAAACGGCUUACCAGCAGCUAAUAAGCAGCGCCAUUUUUGUCCAGUCGCACAUUGAACUUUGCCUGCUCUCACACCCACACAGAAAUACACACCGAACGCCGGAAGUGGCAAGAAAAACGCUUACGAAACGAAAAAAGAGCGCAAAAAUACAUUCCCAAUGAAGUUCUUUCAAAUUUCUACUUUAAGCAACGAGCAAACUUUUCAUUGGAUAUAAAAUACGUUUAUUAUACUUUUCAAAUGUUUCUACCAUUCCAGUAUUUGUUGCUUUGUUAUCAAUACAUAUUUAAUGAGUUUAGUUUAAUAAUGCAUGCAUCGAAUGUUUUACGUUUAAGUAUAGUCGAUAUUCGGAUCGAGAGGAUUUGUUAUGAUUCUUACACACAAACUUAGAUCGCUAUCAGAUAAAAAAGAACUCUUUAAAAUAGAUGUUAAACGAUGAUUAUAUAUUUGUUGAAAACUGAAAAUAAUAAGUAGCUAAUCCAUCAAAAAGACAACUGUUACGUUACCCUCUCUAGCAUGUCACUACCAUAGAACGAAUAUUAAAUACUGAACUUAAUCAUUAUAGUAAAAUACGAAAUGCGCACACACACAUGUGUGUGUGCUGAAUAUGUAUGUGUGUAGCGUACGUAGCUUUGAUAAAUUGCACAAUAGAACGUGUUUUUUUUUGUUAUUGUGUAAAUCUCAUUCUAGCCUAGCAGACAAACCAUUCCCAUACACAACCCAAAAUAGACAGCAGCAGAUGUAUUUGGUCAACCCUAUGAAAUAAUGAAGCCGUAUUUUUGGAGAGAAUCACUAUUUUUACAUAAUGUUUGGCAGAUUCCGUCGGCUUGAAUGCUUGAGAAAUAAAAUUUCUUAACAAAUUGCAUAAAUCAAGUGGAGUUUUAUUAGAAUAUCACACAACAUACAAAUGUAGAAAUUAUUAUUUCCUUAUGAAUUAAUUUCUGUUGAAUGGUAUUGGUCUAAUUGAAGUCGAUUUAUAAAAUCCAUCUUCAGAAAAAAAUGUCUGUUGAGUUUUCCAGAAAUGAAAUUGACAGAGCCACAACUCAUCUAUUACUCUGAAGAGUAUCUCAACCUUUUUGAAAUUCAUGAUCGUCGUAAAUUUGAGUUAAUUUAAAAUUUUAAAUUAUUUUAUAGAGCCGAAUUUUUGGAAGAACGAAGGGAGUGUUAGUUCGAAACGAAGCUUUAUAUAAAUUAUUAAUUGUGCCAUUUUUAAACAAGAUUUUCACUUUUUAUCAACAAAAUAAUUUUUGAUGUUUCAAAAAAAUCUGGGGAAAAAAUAUCAGGUCAAUUAAUAAAAACUUGAAUAUCUGUUCUCUGAUUUAAAAAUUAAAUAAUAUAAAUAUGAUUAUUCAAGUGCAAUAUUCCGAAAUUCAAAAAUCAAAAAAAUUCAAAAUCUAUGAAUGUUUCAUUUACUUUUUUAAAAUUCAAGAUAAAAAUAAUAUAUUUUUUAAAUUAAAAAUCAAAAUAUGGCACACAACAUAAAAAUUUUAAAACAAAAUUACAAUCAGAAUAGUAAAUAGAAUCACAUUUUUUUAAUUUUUCCUGAAAUUUGGGCCUCUUACCUAAAA